AUGUCGCACCAGACGGGUAUUCAUGCAACUCCCGACUUGAAGGAGUUCCUCGUGAAGGCGAGGAGGGGCGCUGUCAGAGUGGUGAAGAUUGUUAUAAGGAGCGAACAGCUGGUGUUGGGAGAGUACAGAGAGGUGUCUCAGAGCUGGGAUCAGGACUAUGACUCAUGUGUCCUGCCCAUGCUGGACGGUCUGGAACCCUGUUAUAUCCUUUACCGCCUCGACUCACAGAACCAGCUGGGAUAUGAGUGGCUGUUUAUCUCCUGGUCGCCAGACCAGUCACCAGUGAGGUUAAAGAUGGUGUACGCUGCUACCCGUGCCACACUGAAAAAAGAGUUUGGAGGAAGUCACCUGAAAGAUGAACUGUUUGGAACAGUCCAGGCUAAACAUGCUUUACAGCAGCUUAAACUCAAACGCAUCAAUUACAUUCAACUACGGCUGGACACCGAACGAGAGACAAUAGAGCUGGUGCACACUAGUCCUACAGAGACCAAAGAUCUGCCGAGCAGAAUCCCCACUGAUGCCCCACGAUACCACUUAUUCCUGUACAAACACGCCCAUCAAGGACAGGCGCUGGAAGCUGUAGUUUUCAUCUACUCCAUGCCUGGGUAUAGCUGUAGCAUCAAAGAAAGGAUGCUGUACUCCAGCUGUAAGAAUCGACUUCUGGAUGAGGUAGAGAGAGACUAUCACAUAGAGAUCGCCAAAAAGAUGGAGAUUGAUAGUGGAGAGUGCCUGACAGAAGAUUUCCUGUAUGAAGAGGUUUACCCGAAGCAGCAUGCUCUGAAACAAGCCUUCACCAAGCCAAAGGGCCCAACAGGGAAACGAGGGAACAAGCGUCUAAUCAGAGGAGCGGGAGAGAAUGGAGAUGAGAGCUAGAAUCAUACAGUCAGAACAUGUAAAAUGACAUCUGA